AUGGAGCCGGACGCCUUCCCCGCGGUACUUAAAGGUACCAAACAGAGAGUACCGCCUCCCGUCCCUCCUAGGGGUUCUCCUAAAGGGAAACGUGGCGGUCAUCAGCCGACGUUUGAUGCCAAAGGUGACUUUUUUGACGACGAUCUUUAUCGGCAUGAUUUUAACGAUAUUGCAUGCCACGCUUUAGACCUUAAAUUAGAUUUAGAUGCUGUAAAGCCGCCAAAUUUAUUUGCCCAAUCGAAUAUGAUGGCCAAAUUCGACAUGAAAGAUGCUAUGGACAACUUGGAUGGUGAGUUUGAUGACAAAUCCUUCACCGAUUCGAGUGAAGAUGAGAUUAUUAUAGAGGAAAUCAAAGAUAUCAAAUACAAGACAAUUAAAGAUACAACGGCAAAGAAAAGUCGCUAUCCGUUUCUUAAGAAAUUCGGAAAGAAGACACCGACUCCAGUUAAAAUUGUCCAAGUUGAAGAAUAUAUGUCUGAAUCUGAAGACGAAAGGACAGUUAAACCACCAGAAAUGCCCACCAAAAAGCCAGAAACGCCUGAAAAGGUGUACGAGAGAGAAGUACACGACCCAGUUGAUAUAAUUGAAAAGAGAGAGAACAGAGAACAGCCAAGAAUAAUGCAGAGUAUGUCCGAUGUAGAUGUUAUUGAGCCGCCACAAGAACGAGAGGCAGUUAAGGUAGAAAAUAUACAACUAAAUGAUGAAAAACCCGAAAAAAACAAAAAAAAUAUGAAGGGGCUAUCAAAAAAAUUCAUAUUCACACAAUCCAAGAAAGAAAGGAAGAUUAAACCAAACAUAGAAAUAAAGACCUACACAGAAGAACACGGACAGAGGUCACAAGAAGAAGCGAUAUGCCACGAGAAAGCCAAGACCCAAAUUGAUAUGUUUCAGAACAUUUUGAAGUCUGAAACCAGUUCAAUAGCUUCAAGGAUCGAGAAACCAAAAAAACGACCAGCACCCAAACCGCCAAUCCAGCUCCAAGUACCGAAUGUUACAGAUAAAAUCCGAAAGUUUUCAGUCACAGUGGUCCCGGAAAGCCGUCCGAGACAUUUUGGCGAAAUCAAAAAGACCAGUUUGAGGAGAUCCAAUCGAAGGAUACUUCGUAUGAUGAAGGAAUUUGAGAUAGAAUUGUAA